CGUUCUUCCAUGUAGCAACGGUGGUCGCAGCUAGUGGCUGGUGCCUGGCUAUGCAUAGCGGCGAUAAGCUCUCGCACCGCUGCGUCAUUAAAGUACAACGCGACUCGAGCGAAAGCGGGCGUUUACAUUUCGUUGAAUCGCAACGUUAAUAUUUUAAAAGCAAAGCGGGCGCAGCGCGAUUUACCGUCGCAAGACAUGCUAAACCAAGAAGAACAAUAAUUUCGCUAUUGAAGCACUUCUGAGUGCCCGAAAAGGAAGUUAUCGCCACUAAUGCACAAUUAAAUAACAACUAAUUCGGUUAAAACCCACACGCAAAGGCGUUACAGAAUCUCUGAACGGCGCGUGGACAUUGUGAUUUUAAGCGGAAGUAUAUGUAUUAGGCGCGGCUGCUAUGCGUGCGUGUGUGCGCAAUUAAACGCUUUGAGGCACAUUAUGGCGUUGACAGCUCGUCAAUUCUAGCGCAACCGUUACGCUACGCCAACACAGAUACGGCAUCGCCAGCGCUACUGUUACUUAUAACCGAUUCACAAUUGCGGUCUCUUUUGUCGGUGUCGCUACUCAUCUGAAACUGCGAGUGCACUCUUCCUCAGUGGAAACUAUUAACAAAUCGAAUGGUGCGGGUUUAGUCAGUUUUAGCGUCACAUACAUUGUGAAGUUAGUGGAGCGUUGCAACUUGUCAAUUGUAUUUUCAUUGUUACCGCCGCAGUUAGUAAAUCAAGCAUUUAAUUGUGUUGUCGAGUUGUCGCGAUUUCAAUUAACCAACAAACCGCGAAGUGUUUUCUUGUCACAAUCUGUGCACCUCAAUCACUGUGUAUUAAUUUUAAAGUCACUGCCUAGCAAAUGAUCAAGUGACCGUUAUUAAGUGAAAGUUGAAUUUCCUGUUUGGAUCGGUCGCCCGAAUUUCGCUUUUAAUUCGCGCGCGCGUAUUAACACUCGUUUGUGAUAGAUUGUGUUGAUCGCAGUUUCGCAAAUGGUCACGUGCAGUCGCCAACCGUUCAACAUGCUGCCAAUGGCGCCUAUUAAUCCCUUUGUCGUGGGUCUGACCCCUUCAUCCAUGGCAGCAGCUGCAGCGGCGGCCGCCGCAGUUGCCGUGUCCACCACCAUUGUCCGGUCUGAAGACAAUGCAACCACCACCACAACCAUAGGAACAGCGACCGUUACUACUGCGUCGAUUAAACCGAAGUUGGCGUUCAGCAUCGAUUCUAUUGUCGGUAGUAAUGUCAACAAUAGCCACAAUAAACUCGAUAAUAGCGGCUCGGCGCAUCCAACGGAUUUUCGGCCUAUGCGACCAUCUGCUAUUUCACCACCACUCUCUUCAUCGCAACGCAGUGACAGUCCCGAUGAACGCACAAAUGCUGAGCGCGAUCGAUGUCGUCUAUUGCUCGCUUCUUACGAACGACCGCCAAGCCGCAUAAGCCUCAGCCUCAGCGAAGAUUCUCACCAAUGCCAACAACCAAUAGAAUUAAGGAAUAGCUUUACUGUAAAUUAUCGUCCCAUCAGCUCAGUGGCGGAUCAGCAUACAACAGCUUUAACACGGCCACCACCAUUGGGUCUUAUUUAUUGCCGCCGGCGUUCGAUGUUGGAUUAUUCACCAGAACGUGAAUGCAGUAGUCCGUCCUUGGUCGGCAGGUGCCGAUCACGCACUAGAUCCCGCUCUCCUUCCCACCAGUCAGUAGUAUCUUCCCAUGAGCACAAUGCCACCGUUAACCGCAGUCGAAGUCCAUCGCCUGCACCAACACCGGCACAUAGCCGCACUACACCACGAUCACCACCAACGCCAAAUAGCGGUGGUGUCACAGUUGGGGAGCUUAACAAGCGACCAAUUCAUGUGCCUGGUAUACCAGCAGGUCUGAUUCGUCCAUUACCUCUACAAGCUCCACAAAGUUUAUCUCUACUUCAGUCUGGCAAUGCUGGCGGCGGAGCUCCCGUAUCUUUAGAAGGUAGUAAUGUUCCAACGAUACAAGCCUCUGGACCUCCUCCUCUACCACAAUCCCUUGGUAUAUCGUCACAAUCCUCGACGUCCGGUGUGGUUGCAACACCGCCACCCCCUCCCAAUCCACACUUUUUGGCCGCUCAGUUCCAAAUGGCUGCUGCCUUGGCGCACCAUCACCAUCAGCAGCAACAGCAACAACAUCAUCCAGCGGCUCAUCUGCCAAGCGGUCAUCCGAUGGCCCUGUUCCCACCCGGACCGCAUCAUCCCCACUUCGGCGGCCCACACAUGAUUCGCGAUAGUUACCCUCUCUACCCUUGGCUACUCAGUAGGCAUGGACGGAUAUUUCCACAUCGAUUUCCUGGUAAUUUCUUACUGCAGCCUUUUCGUAAGCCCAAACGUGUGCGAACAGCAUUUUCUCCUACCCAACUGCUGAAGCUAGAGCAUGCCUUCGAGAGUAAUCACUAUGUGGUGGGAGCCGAACGGAAGCAGUUGGCGCAAGGACUGAGUCUCACGGAGACACAGGUCAAGGUUUGGUUUCAAAAUCGCCGCACCAAACACAAGCGCAUGCAACAGGAGGGUGACAGUGAUUCAAGGAGUCAGAAGGGCAGUCAAGCUGGGGAUAAUGAUGCGAACAAGAACGACAGCUCGCAGAAUAGUUUCGAAGAUCAAGAAGAGGAUGAUGAGGAGGAUCUAAUCGAAGAGGAUGAGGAUGAAGUCAUCGAUAUGGAUGAUUAUGGCAGUGAAAUGGAUGCUGAAGAGCACCAGCGAUUGCGAGAACAGUUUCAGCAACAGCUGCAGCAACAUCAUGAGCAAUUGCAGCAAAUCCAGCAGCAACAACAACAGACACAAGGCCCAGUGCAACAACUACACCGUGAACAACGAGAUUUCAGGGUGCAACAACAACAACAACAACACCAACAAUUCAUGCAACAUCAACAGUUUUUGCAUCAACAAGCACAACAGCAAAAGCAACUUCAUUUACAACAACAACAGCGGCAGCAGCAACAGCAAUAGCAAGAACAGCCAUGAUUGCAGUAACUCAAGUGUGAAGCUUAUAGUGGCGAAUAGCAGGUUUACUCACCCGCAGCUAAUUGUGGCCACUGGGCGUGGUGGUAGUCGUUGUUCCAUUCACUCCAUCUGUCUCGCUUUCAAGCUUUUUCGCCAAUACAUUUUCCUUUAAUUGCAUUCCCCGUCCCCUACUUUACCGUUGGUUGUUUUCAAACUCGAAUAUCAACAACACGAUCGUUUAUGUAAAUUCUUCAUCGAAUCCGAAUUGUAUUUAUUAAUUUGUAAAUUAGAAGCUUAGCCAUUUAAUAAUAUAUUUACGAUUAGAAAUUACGAUGUAAUGUUAUAAAUAAGAAUUACGAUAAUUAAUAAACGCAAACAAUUAAAUUAUAAAAAUGUAUAGUGUAGCAAAUGAAGUACGAGCUUCGAAGAGCUUCCAUUCCUCCCACUGAGCUACAAAUCGUCGCUGUGGCAAUGCAGUUCUUGCAACAAAUGUUAAGCAUUAAGAAAUCCAUUUAAAUAAAAGUUCCAUAAAUCUACGGCCUGGCUGCAAUUAGGCAACUCGCACGUCUAUUGAAUGCAUACAUAC